AUGGCUUACGCCCUCACUAGAAACGAUGAUUUCAAGACUCAGCUGAAAAAAAAAAAAUGCACUAAAAAAAAACCCAAAUCCACUUUCUCUGCCCUCAUCUCAAAUUCACAUCUCCUCUAUAUACCAAUGAAGUUAUAUUUUGAAGCAGAAAAGUUUUUGAAACCAAACAAAGGAACUAAUGGGAGUCUACAAUCUCGUAUAUUCAACGAUAAAAGAUUAACCAAUUCCCCUAAGCAUAUCUUUGCGUUAGUUUAUUCUACAUUAAAAUACAAAGAAUACAUUGAUGUGAUUAUAAAAAAAUCAAAAAUCCGACAAGAUCUUCAAUUUAAAAAAGCGAAAAUAAGCAAUGAAUUAUUAUGUUUAAUGAUCCAUGAUUUGUUGUUUUCCUCGAAAGGUAGAAUUCAGAGUGGGAAACAUCCUCUUAAAGAUGCAUUUUUACUGAACAAGACAAGAUUACAAGCUGAAUUCAUCAAAUUGAAAUUAAAAUAUAAAGUUAAAUCUGUUGACCAAUUACCCACGAAGGAGGCUGAUGAAGAUGAAACCCCAAUACGGUGGUUCAGAAUUAAUACUAUCAAAAUUGAUAAGGAUAGAUUUUACACCAAGCAUCCAUUCUUCCAGAAACUACAACCAGUAAGCUCAAUUGAUGAAAUCACGGGAACAGGGAUGAUUUAUUCUGAUGAUUAUAUUCCCAAUUUAUUUGGGGUUCAUCCGAGAGAAAAAAUCACAUCAACUGAAGCUUACAGAUUAGGGGAAAUAAUUAUCCAGGAUCGUGCAUCUUGUUUCCCAAGUCACAUUCUUAAUUCAGAUCCCAAGGAUGUCCAUACCCAAGUUAUAGAUGCUUGUGCAGCACCAGGUAACAAAACGACACAUGCAGCAGCACAUUUACCAAAUUCAGAUUCAGUCGUGUAUGCAUUUGAACGGGAUCCAAAAAGAGUGAAGAUUUUAAAGACCAUGUGUGAAAAAGCCACAGGUAAGGCGAAAAAGAAACUUAUUCAAGUUACUCACGCUGAUUUCACAACCACAAAACCCGAUGACUUUCCUGAUGUUACUGGAUUAGUUGUCGAUCCAUCGUGUAGUGGAUCAGGUAUUUUUGGAAGGGCAUUAGAAGAUUCACAUAAUGAAGAAGAAACCGAAAAUGUCAACACCGAAAGGCUUAAUAAAUUAGCGGGAUUUCAGUUUGCCAUAAUGAAACAUGCGUUGCUGUUCCCUUCAGCCAAGAAAGUUGUUUAUUCAACAUGUUCAAUUCAUGCGCAAGAAAAUGAGCGGGUGGUUGUCGAUUUAUUACUGGAUCCAGAAGUAAAUCGUCGUGGAUGGAAGUUGGCUGACCGAGAAGUUGUAUUACCGAAAUGGGACAGAAGAGGGCUUGAAGAAGAAUUUGUCAAGAUGUCGAGGGAUCCAGAGGAAUGUACGAGAUUAGCAGGUGGCUGUGUGCGAGCAAAUCCUAAACAAGAUGGUGGAAUUGGGUUUUUUGCAGCAUGUUUUGUAAGACCAGCUCAAGAAGACCACGAGAACUGA